GGGGGGGGGGGGCAUAUGGGAUGCUGGGAAUCGGACCCAGGUCGGCCGCGUGCAAGGCAAACGCCCUCCCCGCUGGGCCAUCGCUCCAGCCCAUCGCCCGGCACUUUGGAGGAACCGCCAACUCGGGGGUCGGGGGUCGGGGGCCCGCGGGCGCCAGGCCAGGCCUGCCACGUGCCGGGGGCUCGCCCGGCGCGGCGGGCGGGGAGGCCGGGCCGGGGCGGGAGGCUCGGGGCGGGGCUGGGGGGCGGCGGAGGGGCCGCGGCGAGACCCGGCCCGGAGCCCCCCGGCAGGAAGCAGCAGGAGACGCGGGCCGGGGUCCCGGCUUCCCGGUGGGAACCGGAAGGCGCCGCGGGCGCGGGGGCGCCGGGAGGCCGGGACGGAGCGCGGCUGCCCGCGAGGCGCGCCCCCGCCCAGCCCGCUGCCCCGCGGCCCCAGAAAAAACUUGUGGCCAAGGGGGGCAAAAAAAAGAAGCAAGUUCUUAAGUUCACCCUGGACUGCACCCACCCUGUGGAAGAUGGGAUCAUGGACGCUGCGAAUUUCGAGCAGUUUCUCCAGGAGCGCAUCAAGGUGAACGGCAAGGCGGGGAACCUGGGGGGCGGUGCCGUGACCAUCGAGCGGAGCAAGAGCAAGAUCACCGUCACGUCGGAGGUGCCUUUCUCCAAAAGGUAUCUGAAGUAUCUCACCAAAAAGUACCUGAAGAAGAACAACCUGCGGGACUGGCUGCGCGUGGUGGCCAACAGCAAGGAGAGCUACGAGCUGCGCUACUUCCAGAUCAACCAGGACGAGGAGGAGGAGGAGGACGAGGAUUAGUCCCGUGCCGAAUGUUUUCUAUGAGUUCUUGAAUAAAACUUGGGAACCAAAGCGGUGGUUUUGCUUGUGUGCCUGCCGUGGGCACCCUCCCUCGAGACCAGGCUAAGGGGCAGUGCCCCGGGGGGCUGGGGCGGAGGUGGUGCCCCCGGGUGCACCCUCAUUGCACUCAGUGGGGGCGCAGCCUGGGGGUUCCUGGCAGAGCCCGAGUGUGCGCUGGGCCCGGCUCCUGUCUCUGCAGCUUCUCCCACAGGCCCUGGGCCCUGACCUGCCUGACCGCCAGCUCACUGGUCUGCAGGGGGCCUGAGAGCUGGUCCCCUCCCAGGUCACUAGCCCAGGAGCUCCGGCCUGUGACCCCCCUGCCUCAGCCUCGCCUCCUCCCGCCCGCCCCGCCGCGGCACUGCACCCAGCAGGGGGCGCUGGAGGCUAGGACGCCUGGCAGGCCCAGGGUGUGGCUGGUCUCCGCCCCGCCCCAGCCUGUGGUGAGGGUGAGGUGGGACCAGAACCCCUCUGCCCUCGCCCGGCAUGUGGCAUGCCCCGGAGUUCAGGCGGGCGGACGGGUCUGAGCCCGGUGCUUCCUGCUUCCCUUCCAAAAUCCUCACGAGCCUCGGGAUUGACGCUUCCGGUUGCCAUGUGCCAAGUUCACGUUUCGGAAGCCGGCACAGCCCUGAAACGUGCUUGGCCCUCGGCUGAGCCGGACACAGGCUGAGGCUUUGCAUUCUGAGACCGGCGUCUCCCGCCGUGCGGCCUUCCGGGGACUGUUGGCCGCCCUCCGCCCGCCAGCGGUGGCUCCCGUCACCGGGUUGGCAUCCGUCCCCCCCCCGACACCCCGUCACGGGGGCCGCUGCCGGCCGGACGUGGUGUCUGUCCCUGUAGCGACUAGUCUGAUUGUUAAAAGGCGAGAAUGAACCUUUUUCAAGAAUUUUUAAACAAUUCUUGGUUUUAAAACCUUGUAAUAAAACUGUGACUCGGUUCUCUCUGAUCUCUUGUAAAUCACGGGGCUCCGGUGGUUUCUAUUAAAGCGGCUGACGCGUGGC